AUGCUUGAAUCACUCUUGGAUGAGCAGAAACGAGUAUUGGAGCACAUCUCUGACUCGAAACUGGUCUUGAAUCCCAUUCGCCGUUUACUCCCCGAGUUUUUAAACCACAUCGUUCGUUCAUGUAUCCUUCGGGAUAGCGAGUUGUUACGGUCAAGCAAUGGGGACAGAGAUGCUUCAUUACUGGAUUCCCUUGGUCACCCAUCUAGCUCCAACUUCACAGAUACAAGGCCACACCACUUCAUUAUUCCGUCCGAAGCCUCCGGGACAUAUCUGGAGAGGUCUGGACCGUCCAGUACACAACGGCUUACCGUUGCUAUCGAGAUUGACCUAUUUUCAAGGCUCGAUUUACUGGGACUCCUCGAGUUACGGAUUGCGUUCAGCUACACGGAAGAGGAAAUCAUUUUUCCAGAAUUUACUUCGGAGACUGCGCCGAUGUUGGAGGAUCUAUGUAUACAGAUCGACGAUUCAAAUAUUAUGGACAGUGAAGCGCUGACAUGUCUGUUGAAGUACACCCCGCUGCUGACGGACCUGAAAAUCAGUGCGAAGGUGACGACCGAUGAUGUCUUUCUUCAGCUAGGGAGAAAGAGAGACAUUUUGCGGUUGGUCCCUCAGCUAUGCAGCAUAGACUUGACAGGGUCGACCUUCGAGUUCGAGGAUGCGAGCAAUAUCGUCAUUGGGAUGGUCACCUCGCGAACUGAGCCAGCUGAAGGUUGCGUAGCCUUGCGAACGCUUAUUUCGGACAAGCCCUUUUGUUUUGAGGACGAUGAUCUUUCCACGAGGUGGGAGACUCGGAGGCUUGGCCAGGACAGCCUGGAUAUUCAGUAUGAUGGAUGAAAUGUGUGGGAGAGGUUUCUUUUUAUCCAAAGUUCGACCGAAUGUAGUCUUCGUGUGCACAGUACGUUGGAACACGGCUAAGGACAGACGACGCUGACGAAACUGUGAGUAGCGCACCAUUCCAUGAACUCGACGAGCUAUACUUGCCGGGAUGGUUCAAUACUUCAGUUACUGAACAUUUAUGGGUAGCAUACUGCUCGUCCUACGCGGCUACGUCUCCAGCGUUAUAUCUUUACCUCUUUUUCGCG